AUGGCAAGAUCUAUGGACCGCGAGAGAUGUCUAAGGGGCCGAUAUGGUCUACACGAGACAAAUAACGAGCGCCUGCGUAGACGCAAGGGCAUCAGACCUACUCCCAACGCUGGCGACGAACUCGAAGCAGUCGUCGAGCGCUGUGCGGUGGCGGCGCUUUGUAACAGCCGCAAGGCGAAAGCAGGACCGAGCUCGCACGUGGCCUUUGUUUCUCAACUGUUUGAGUCUCCUCAUCCAUCAUUUCUCUCCUCAUCAGCGCAUCGUGGGCGACUCGGCUGCAAAACAAACCCGUGGUUAUUCGGUGUCGAUUUGAGUCGGAGUGUCGUUGAGCUAGCGGUCUGA